UAGUAUGUUUUUCCACAAUACGUAUUUUGACUGUUGAGUGAGCGCAUUGUUACAAAAUCCUGUUACAACAACGUGUGUUUUUUUGGUCUGUGUACGUGUUUCUUUUGUGCGCGGCUUGCGUAAAAGUUUACAAUGACAAUGGACAUUACAAGUAGAAGACCUGAUUCUAAAGUUGACGUGCAGGUUACAAGCGAUGUGCAAAUUGCAACAAGUAAGACAAUCAAGCGUUCGUUUGACGUCGCUUUCUUGAUGCUACCUGAUGACAAGUUGAAGCAGAAGCAAUUGAAGGCAUCAGAAAUCGCGUAUCAAGAGAAUAACAACGUGGAAAAUGCGAAAAAUGACACCGACAGCGACGACUCAUCGAAAGCUGUCGAACUGCAAAAGAUGAAAACUCACGCUAGGUACUUACAAAACGCUAUACACAAGCAGCAGGUUUUCGGUGAUCCCAAUUUGAAGUCAAAGCUCGAGUUCGAUUCCGCCGCAACUUUAAAGCUCCUUCCACACAUACACCACUCGGAACAGAAAAGCGCAUUCACAAAGGUAAAUCUAGCUAAGGACUCGCGAACAUCACCUAGCCUAUCGGCCAGCCCUGAUAUUAACUAUCAAAGUUUAAGCCCUUCGCCCCCGAUCAUGAAUAGAAACUACCAACUUCACCCAAACAUCCUCACGCCUAACCAAAUCUUUAAGCCCGCAUAUCAAAACAAUUUCAUUCCCGAAAACUUUGCCAAUCCAAACCCGAUCGUGCUCGACCACCCUUUCCUAACGAAAAACCCUUCGACGGACCUACUUCAGCCCAGUUUCGCAAAGAUGCGCCCAAUGCUCGGCCAAUACCGUCACGAAUUAUCGUACAACUAUCCGCAAUUUCAACCACCCGAAAUGCUAAAGAUCGCGCAACCCGAUUUAAAAUUUUCGUCCGGUAAUCCGGCCGCAGCAAUCUUGAGCACCUUACUACCCCCUUCGCUGGCCGCUCUCUCGUUACCCGCUCAGAACAUAUGCGCCAAGUGCAACGUCAGCUUCAGAAUGACCUCUGACUUAGUGUACCACAUGAGAUCGCAUCACAAAAAUGACACGGUCGAUGUCACCAAAAAACGACGGGAAGACAAACUUAAAUGCCCCGUAUGUGCGGAAUCGUUUCGUGAAAGGCACCAUUUAACCAGGCAUAUGACGGCUCAUCAAGAUAAAGAGGACGACGAAGAGGAACCAAUUGGCAAGAAAAAAGAGUUUGCGAACUUUACUAAGUGAUCAUUUUAACACGUAGGCCUUGACUGUUAUUGCCGUUGUUUCAUUUUACAUUUAUUCAAAUGUUUAUGUAUAGUUAACCUAAUGCUUUAUGUAUAUUUGUCAAAUAGUGUAAAUUGUUUAUAAUUUAAGCAUUGUUUAGUGCAAUAUUUACUGAUGUAGUGUAAAAA